AUGAAGAAAAAUCAAGUUUUACAAACUAAUAGAGGAUAUUAAAUUGAAAAAUUCUAGAGUCAGAAAAAUAACGAAACCUCAAAUAGUAAAGAAACUGAAGGUUUUGAGUAAAAUAUUAACAUUCUGUAACCAUUUUAUUAUCAAUAAUACAUUCAAAAGAGUUGUUAAAGUAGAGUAAUUGAUUUAAAAAAUUUAAAAAUAUUUAAUUCUAGUCGAUUAAUUAAUCUGUUAGUUCAUCGCGAUGAAGUUUAUAAGCAAUUGAGUGAAUGUGAAUUUCUAAAAUAAUCAAAAACGAUAAAUAAAAUGUUCAAAGCUAUUGUUGUCUUAAUAUUAGUCAUUUCAUUAUCGGCUUCAAAUAUCAGAAAGCACCAUAAUGACAUAAAAAAGAGGCAAGAGAAAGAAUAAAUUUUGGUAGAGAACUAAAAGUUCAAUAUAAAAUAAAAAGAGUCAUCAUAGACAUUUAAACGAUUAUAAUAAACUAAUAAUGAAAAUGUAUUGGGUAGUAAAAAAGAAAGUUUAUUAGAAAAAAAUUUAGAUGUAAAGAAAAAUGAUUUAAGUGAAGAAAACAUACUAUCAGAAUAAGAAAACAUAAAUUUGGAAAUAAUAACAACAUAAACAAAAGAAAAACAUAAAAAAUCAUAAGAAAAAUAAGCAAAUUAAGUUGCAAAUAAAAGUAAUGAAUUAUAAAUUAUUUUAGACUAAUUGACAAAUAAAAAUUUAUUAGAAGAGAAUGUUGUUGCUGAUGAAAGAGCUAGAUCAAAUGAAGAAUGGAUGUAAAAACUCGCUAAUGAUGUUUCUACAAUUAAAUAAAACAUCAAAGCUUAAUUAGAUGCUGAUCAUAUUGCUUUUGUAGAAGAGAAUGUAGUUGCUGAUGGAAGAGGUAGAUCAAAUGAAGAAUGGAUGUAAAAGAUUGCUAAUGAUGUUUCUACAAUUAAAUAAAACAUCAAAGCUUAAUUAGAUGCUGAUCAUAUUGCUUUUGUAGAAGAGAAUGUAGUUGCUGAUGGAAGAGGUAGAUCAAAUGAAGAAUGGAUGUAAAAGAUUGCUAACGAUGUUUCUACAAUUAAAAUGAACAUCAAAGCUUAAUUAGAUGCUGAUCAUAUUGCUUUUGUAGAAGAGAAUGUUGUUGCUGAUGGAAGAGGUAGAUCAAAUGAAGAAUGGAUGUAAAAGAUUGCUAAUGAUGUUUCUACAAUUAAAUAAAACAUCAAAGCUUAAUUAGAUGCUGAUCAUAUUGCUUUUGUAGAAGAGAAUGUAGUUGCUGAUGGAAGAGGUAGAUCAAAUGAAGAAUGGAUGUAAAAGAUUGCUAACGAUGUUUCUACAAUUAAAAUGAACAUCAAAGCUUAAUUAGAUGCUGAUCAUAUUGCUUUUGUAGAAGAGAAUGUUGUUGCUGAUGGAAGAGGUAGAUCAAAUGAAGAAUGGAUGUAAAAGAUUGCUAAUGAUGUUUCUACAAUUAAAUAAAACAUCAAAGCUUAAUUAGAUGCUGAUCAUAUUGCUUUUGUAGAAGAGAAUGUAGUUGCUGAUGGAAGAGGUAGAUCAAAUGAAGAAUGGAUGUAAAAGAUUGCUAACGAUGUUUCUACAAUUAAAAUGAACAUCAAAGCUUAAUUAGAUGCUGAUCAUAUUGCUUUUGUAGAAGAGAAUGUUGUUGCUGAUGGAAGAGGUAGAUCAAAUGAAGAAUGGAUGUAAAAGAUUGCUAAUGAUGUUUCUACAAUUAAAUAAAACAUCAAAGCUUAAUUAGAUGCUGAUCAUAUUGCUUUUGUAGAAGAGAAUGUAGUUGCUGAUGGAAGAGGUAGAUCAAAUGAAGAAUGGAUGUAAAAGAUUGCUAACGAUGUUUCUACAAUUAAAAUGAACAUCAAAGCUUAAUUAGAUGCUGAUCAUAUUGCUUUUGUAGAAGAGAAUGUUGUUGCUGAUGGAAGAGGUAGAUCAAAUGAAGAAUGGAUGUAAAAGAUUGCUAAUGAUGUUUCUACAAUUAAAUAAAACAUCAAAGCUUAAUUAGAUGCUGAUCAUAUUGCUUUUGUAGAAGAGAAUGUAGUUGCUGAUGGAAGAGGUAGAUCAAAUGAAGAAUGGAUGUAAAAGAUUGCUAACGAUGUUUCUACAAUUAAAAUGAACAUCAAAGCUUAAUUAGAUGCUGAUCAUAUUGCUUUUGUAGAAGAGAAUGUUGUUGCUGAUGGAAGAGGUAGAUCAAAUGAAGAAUGGAUGUAAAAGAUUGCUAAUGAUGUUUCUACAAUUAAAUAAAACAUCAAAGCUUAAUUAGAUGCUGAUCAUAUUGCUUUUGUAGAAGAGAAUGUAGUUGCUGAUGGAAGAGCUAGAUCAAAUGAAGAAUGGAUGUAAAAGAUUGCUAACGAUGUUUCUACAAUUAAAAUGAACAUCAAAGCUUAAUUAGAUGCUGAUCAUAUUGCUUUUGUAGAAGAGAAUGUUGUUGCUGAUGGAAGAGGUAGAUCAAAUGAAGAAUGGAUGUAAAAGAUUGCUAAUGAUGUUUCUACAAUUAAAUAAAACAUCAAAGCCUAAUUAGAUGCUGAUCAUAUUGCUUUUGUAGAAGAGAAUGUAGUUGCUGAUGGAAGAGCUAGAUCAAAUGAAGAAUGGAUGUAAAAGAUCGCAAAUGAUGUUUCAACAAUUAAAUAGAACAUAAAUACUUAACUCAAAAAUUUAGAAUUUGUAUAAUAAAAUCAUAUUGAUAGUGCAUUAGUAGACGAAUAAGAACAGCAACCCUAAGAUUAUUGGUCUUAAAAAUUAAAAGAAGAUAUAAAUAAAAUCAAACAAGAUAAUUCUAAUAAAAAAUUAGAAUGA